UCCCACCUUAAUGCACUCUUUCACAAAUCCUUCUAGCGGAAAACCAGGUGAAAUGCGUCGGGAGAUGAGUAUUCAGGCACAUCCAGUUAAUGCUAUGUGUCUUCAGUUCUCGCCCUCCGGCAGUUACUUCGCUGUUGGCAGUGCGGACGCCCUGGUCUCCAUUUGGGAUGCUGACGAGUUCGUUUGCCUAAGAACUUUGGCUAGCAGCCAAUCAGAGCGCUUUUUGGACACGCGAAUGAUGGAGUUCUUCUGGGUCACGGUUCUUAGGACUUCUAAUGUUUCACUUAUCAUACACCCACGAUAA